UUAAAACCACCCUAUAUAAACACAGCCAAUUAAUUGCAGAUUAGAAAUCCUAACGAGGAAAUCUAUUGAACGGGAGAAGCUACUAGAAACCGAAGUUACGAUGAGGAAGUGGACGAUCCCUUUCGCCUUGCUUCUGUUAUGCCUUCUAUCUCUCAUCUCAGAUCAAGGACGGAAUUUGCAAGCAAAUGCAGAGAGUGAUCCACAGAAUCCUGUAGAUCCUCCAAAGGUUGAGGAGAAACUCGGAGCCGUUCCUAAUGGUUUAUCUACUGAUUCUGAUGUAGCAAAGAGGGAAGCGGAGUCGAUUUCAAAGAGAUCACUUCGCAGUAAUGCGCAGAAAUAUGAGUUCCAGGCCGAGGUGUCUCGGCUCAUGGACAUCAUUAUCAAUUCUCUUUACAGUAAUAAAGACAUUUUCCUCAGGGAGUUGAUCUCCAAUGCAUCUGAUGCCUUAGACAAGAUUAGAUUCCUUGCCCUUACGGACAAAGAGGUUUUGGGUGAAGGGGAUAACACAAAGCUUGACAUUCAGAUAAAGCUGGACAAACAAAACAAAAUUCUUUCAAUUCGUGAUAGAGGUAUAGGUAUGACAAAGGAGGAUUUGAUCAAGAACUUGGGAACCAUAGCAAAAUCUGGAACUUCAGCAUUUGUGGAGAAAAUGCAGACAAGUGGAGACCUCAAUCUAAUCGGACAAUUUGGUGUCGGAUUCUAUUCGGUGUAUCUGGUUGCUGACUAUGUUGAAGUCAUCAGUAAACAUAACGAUGACAAACAGCAUGUAUGGGAAUCAAACGCUGAUGGAGCAUUUGCAAUCUCCGAGGAUACAUGGAAUGAACCAUUGGGACGUGGAACCGAGAUUAGACUGCAUCUUAGAGAAGAAGCUGGGGAAUACUUGGAGGAGAGCAAAUUGAAGGAGCUGGUGAAGAAAUAUUCUGAAUUCAUCAACUUCCCUAUCUAUUUAUGGGCAAGUAAAGAAGUUGAUGUGGAAGUUCCUGCUGAUGAAGAUGAGUCUAGUGAUGAAGAGGAAAAACCUGAAAGCUCUGAAGAGGAAGAGGAAACUGAGAAAGGUGAAGAUGAGGAUGCAGAGGACAAACCAAAGACAAAAAAAGUGAAGGAAACUACUUAUGAUUGGGAACUUUUGAAUGACGUCAAGGCGAUAUGGCUGCGAAAUCCAAAGGAGGUGACAGAUGAAGAGUACACAAAAUUCUAUCAUUCUCUAGCAAAGGAUUUUGGUGAUGAGAAGCCUUUAGCUUGGAGUCAUUUUACAGCAGAAGGGGAUGUUGAAUUCAAGGCUGUUUUGUUUGUGCCUCCAAAGGCUCCUCAUGAUCUUUAUGAGAGUUAUUACAACGCUAACAAAUCCAACUUGAAGUUGUAUGUUAGACGUGUCUUCAUCUCGGAUGAAUUUGAUGAGCUUUUGCCUAAGUAUUUGAACUUUUUGAAGGGUCUUGUUGAUUCCGAUACUUUACCACUCAAUGUUUCACGAGAAAUGCUCCAACAACACAGUAGCUUGAAAACAAUUAAGAAGAAACUUAUUCGAAAGGCCCUUGAUAUGAUCCGUAGAAUUGCUGAUGAGGAUCCUGAUGAGGCAAAGGACAAAGACAAGAAAGAUGUUGAGGAUUCCAGUGAUGAUGAGAAGAAAGGUCAAUAUGCAAAAUUCUGGAAUGAGUUCGGCAAGUCUAUCAAACUUGGCAUAAUUGAGGAUGCAGCUAACAGAAAUCGCUUGGCAAAACUUCUCAGAUUUGAGAGCACUAAGUCAGAUGGUAAAUUGACUUCACUUGAUCAAUACAUCUCAAGAAUGAAGUCAGGGCAGAAGGAUAUCUUCUACAUAACUGGACCAAACAAGGAACAACUGGAGAAAUCUCCAUUCCUAGAAAGACUCAAGAAGAAAGGUUACGAGGUCAUUUUCUUCACAGAUCCAGUUGAUGAAUACUUGAUGCAAUAUUUGAUGGAUUAUGAAGACAAAAAAUUCCAGAAUGUUUCUAAGGAAGGCCUAAAACUUGGGAAAGACUCUAAAGACAAGGAACUGAAGGAGUCAUUCAAGGAGCUUACCAAGUGGUGGAAGGGUGCUCUUGCCAGUGAGAAUGUGGAUGAUGUGAAGAUAAGCAAUCGUUUGGAUAACACACCUUGUGUGGUUGUGACAUCUAAGUACGGAUGGAGUGCAAAUAUGGAAAGGAUAAUGCAGUCUCAGACCUUAACAGAUGCUAACAAGCAAGCAUACAUGCGUGGGAAGAGGGUGCUGGAGAUUAACCCAAGACACCCAAUCAUCAAGGAGCUCCGUGAGAGAGUAGUCAAGGACCCUGAGGACGAGAAUGUAAAGCAAACAGCACAGCUCAUUUACCAAACGGCACUUAUGGAGAGUGGCUUCAUGCUGCAAGAUCCCAAAGAUUUUGCUUCCCGUAUCUACAGCUCUGUGAAAUCGAGCCUAAACAUCAGCCCAGAUGCAAAUGUUGAAGAGGAAGAUGAUGUGGAUGAAAAUGAAGCUGAAUCUGAAACAAAAGAAGCUGUAGAUACCUCCAAAGAUGAUGUGGAUACCGAAUCUUCUGCUGUCAAGGAUGAGUUGUAGACUGUCGGCAUUUUGUAUCACACUUCCAUCUAUUUAAAGCAGUCCUUUCUUCCUCCAGCACCGUCUCUUGAGAGGAGCUGAAAACAACAAUUAAUCAUGCAUUUUUCAGUUUGUCAAAUAUUGAAAAAACUUGGCCCUUAGUGCUAAUGUAAUCGGACAAUCAGGAAUUUUGCUUUAGUAUCUAGUUGUUGAUGACUGUAUUUUCUGUGCA